ACAACAGCAACUCCCACGACUACGUUGUCUGGUCCAACAAGUACCACGGAGAGUCCAACAAUUACCACAACGGGUACAACAUCUACAACAGCAAGUCCCACAACAAAAAGAUCAGUGCCAACAACUACAACGUCAGGAUCAACAACUACUACGGCAGGUCCAAAAACAGCUGCGCCAACAACCACAACUGCAGGUCCAACAACUACCACAGCAGGUCCCACAACAACAACAGCAACUCCCACGACUACAUCGUCUGGUCCAAGAAGUACCACGGAGAGUCCAACAACCACAACAUCUUCUCCAACAACCACAACUGCAGGUCCAACAACUACCACAGCAGGUCCCACAACAACAACAGCAACUCCCACGACUACAUCGUCUGGUCCAACAAGUACCACAGAGAGUACAACAAUCACAACAGCAGCUCAACCCACCACAACUGCAAGUCCAUCAACUACCACAGCAAUUCCAACAACUACAACUUCAAGUCAAACAACUACCACAGCAGGUCCCACAACAACAACAGCAACUCCCAGAACUACAUCGUCUGGUCCAACAAGUACCAAAGAAAUUCCAACAACCACAACAACUGUUCCCACAACCACAACUGCAGGUCCAACAACUACCACAGCAGUUCCAACAACUACAACUUUAAGUCAAACAACUACUUCAGCAGGUCCCAGAACAACAGCAGCAACUCCCACAACUACAUCGUCUGGACCAACAAGUACCACAGAGAUUCCAACAACCACAACAUACCACAGAGAUUCCAACAACCACAACAACUGCUCCCACAACUGCAGGUCCAACAAGUACCAUAGCAGUUCCACCAACUACAACUUCAGGUCCAUUAACUACCACAUCAGGUCCAUCAUCUACCACAGCAAACCCUGCAACAAAAAGAUCAGUGCAAACGGCUACAACGUCAGGACCAACAACCAGUACAUCAGGUCCAAAAAGUACAACAACAGCUGCUCCAACAACCACAUCUUCAGGUCCUACAACUACCACAGCAGGUCCCACAACGACAAAAGCUCUUCAAACCACCAGAACUACAGGUCCAACAACUACCACAGACGGUUCUACAACAACAACAGCUGCUCGACCCACCACAACAGCAAGUUCGACAACUACCACAGCUGUUCCAACAUCUACAACUUCAAGUUCAACAACUACCACAAACAACUACCACAGCAGGGCCCAAAACAACAACAGCAACUCCCAAAACUACAUCGUCUGGUCCAACAAGUACCACAGAGAGUACAACAAUCACAACAGCAGCUCAACCCACCACAACUGCAAGUCCAUCAACUACCACAGCAUUUCCAACGACUACAACUUCAAGUCAAACAACUACCACAGCAGGACCCACAACAACAACAGCAACUCCCAGAACUACAUCGUCUGGUCCAACAAGUAUUCCAACAACUACAACCUCAAGUCCAACAACUACCACAGCAGGUCCCACCACAACAACAGCAACUCCCACAACUACAUCGUCUGGUCCAACAAGAACCACAGAGAUUCCAACAACCACAACAACUGCUCCCACAACCACAACUGCAGGUCCCACAACAACAACAGCUCCUGGAACAACCACAACUGAAGGUCCAACAAUUACCACAACAGGGCCCAAAACAACAACAGCAACUC